AUGGGAGGAGUCCGUGAAAAGAAAGCUGAAUACUUUACCAAGCUCAGAGAGUACCUCGAGGAAUACAAGUCUGUGUUCGUCGUUGGUGUCGACAAUGUCUCUUCUCAGCAAAUGCACGAGGUCAGAAAGACCUUGAGAGAACGCGCCGUCGUCCUCAUGGGUAAGAACACCAUGGUCAGACGUGCCAUCAGAGGUUUCUUGGCCGACUUGCCAGACUACGAGAAGUUGUUGCCUUUCGUCAGAGGUAACGUUGGUUUCAUUUUCACCAACGACUCGCUUUCCGACAUCAAGGAAGUCAUUGUCUCCAACAGAGUUGCUGCCCCAGCCAAGGCCGGUGGUGUCGCUCCAGAGGACAUCUGGGUCAGAGCCGUCAACACCGGUAUGGAACCAGGUAAAACCUCUUUCUUCCAAGCUCUUGGUGUCCCAACCAAGAUUGCCAGAGGUACCAUUGAGAUUGUCUCCGAUGUCAAGGUCGUUGAGGCCGGUAAGAAGGUCGGUGCUUCCGAAGCUUCUUUGUUGAACUUGUUGGAAAUCUCUCCAUUCACUUUCGGUUUGACCGUCGUGCAAGUCUACGACAACGGUCAGGUGUUCCCAUCUACCAUCUUGGACAUCACUGACGAAGAGCUUGUUUCCCACUUCGUCUCUGCCGUCAGCACCAUUGCUUGUGUCUCUUUGGCCAUUGGUUACCCAACCUUGCCAUCUGUCGGCCACUCUGUUGUCAACAACUACAAGAACUUGUUGGCCGUCGCCAUUGCCUCUAACUACAUCUACCCAGAGAUUGAGGAAUUGUCUGACAGAAUUGAGAACCCUGACAAGUACGCUUCUGCUGCUCCUGUCGCCGCUGCCUCCACUUCUGACGCCCCAGCUGAAGAAGCUGCUGAGGAAGAAAACGAGGAGUCUGAAGACGACGACAUGGGAUUCGGUUUGUUUGAUUAA